AUGGGCAAAUCCAGUGGGAAGAAGACGAGACCCGGAAAAACGGAAACGAACAAGUUCUCAAGAAUCGGUCCCACUUUGGUUGCGUGGAUCGAUUCGCAGGUUGAGGAGGUGAACAUUGAGGCUGCUUUCCAACAGGAGGUGAAGCAGCGGCAGGACGAAGUGAAAGAAACCCCUGUGCCUCCGAAGCAGAUGCUCAAGCCUCCGGAGCUCAAGCUAGAGAACCCCAGGGCCGCUCCAACCAUCGGGGAAGCCGAAGAGACAGACCAUUCCUGUAUCGACGAGAGCGACGCACCAUGCUGGGACUCUGGAGAUUUCGGUGAUGAUGACGAACGGGGCUCCGAGGCAUCUUUUGCGGAGCGCGAGCCCGAGUAUUCGUCAGACGAAGAAUGCUAUCAGAUUGACCCUCUUGAUGAAUUGCUCGCCCGGCUCCGGAACGCCGCCUCUGUCCACUUCAAGCAGGCCCCAAGGGAUCGGGUGGAACCUCUUGCGCAGCGCUCGUUGAUUGGCAUCCAUAAGCUGGCGAAGCUUGAAGAUAAACUGGCAAAACUGGGGGAAGCUGCAGCGGUCGAGGACCGGGUGGCCUCCACUCCUCAUGAAAUCCUGCACCUCCUCGUAGCAGGCAAGCAGAUCGUCCUGAUGUGCAGAGAUGAACGUCUCUUCUUCACCAAAGAAGUCGUCCUGCAGCAACUGCUUAUCGUCAUCUGA